AUGGUUCCAGACAGAGGUCCGGCCACUUCGGCCGUCACUAUUGUCAUAACAGUCCUGGCCACGGUUUUUGUCGCGGCUCGCUUUUACACGCGAGCGUGGCUGCUCAGGUCUGUCAAACAGGAUGACUGGUGGAUUCUGGUGGCAUGGAUCUUUGCCGUGGGAUUCUCGACGUCGAUAUGUGUCGCUGUGAGAUAUGGCUUGGGAAAGCACAAACAAGACAUCUCCGACGACGCAUUCGUUACUUUACGGAAGGCUGAAUAUGCCUUUUCCAUCCUGUACAACCCCUCUCUCAUGCUGACCAAAACCUCCAUCAUCGUCUUCUUCCUAUCGGUCAUGAGCAAGGAUGUCGAUCCUGUCUUCAAAUGGUGCAAUUGGUUGACUCUUGCUGUUGUCAACAUUGCCGGAACCGCUCUCACCUUUUUCAACAUAUUUCAGUGUUCCCCAGUCGCAGCAGGCUACCUCUACCCUCGACCCAAAAAUGCCAGCUGCACCGACAUCGUGACGUUAUAUCUCUCUUCGGCCCCCCUCAAUAUCAUCACCGACAUCGCCGUUCUGCUCCUUCCAAUGCCGAUUUUGACCGGAAUGCGUUUGCCUCGGAAACAAAAGAUCAUCUUGGUUGCUACUUUCUCCUUUGGCGCCUUUGUCGCUGUCGUUGACGUCAUUCGCAUUGCCUAUCUGCAGCAGGCUUCUCUUAAUCGUCUGAAGGCUGUUGAUGGCGGAGGCGGGGGCGCAAGUCACAUCAUUGAGGAUGAUGGCUUCUCCUGGUAUGCAAGUCUCAGCUUCAUGUGGUCGGCCGUUGAGGUUUGCAUCGGCAUCAUUUGCGCUUGUGUGCCCAGUUUGAAGCCUCUGUUUGCUCGCUUUCUGCCGAGCUUCAUCAGAGACGCAGGGGAGGAGCUGACAUCCAGCAAUAGCAUUGAUCUGGGAAAAUCAAAUGAAAUGGCUCCGCGUAUCAAUUUGCCUAGAGGCAAUGUGUCAAUGCUAAACAACCCGGCUGCAUUCCGAAAACCAGUUGUCAAAGAAUACUCCGGGGACAAGGAGGGCAGCAACAUGGGGUUUCUCAAUUUCCUGGCUGAGCCGACGGGCGAAGAACAUGCUGGCUCUUCAUUAUCAAACACCACAAAACUCUGCCGAAGGGCAACGAACAACACUACCGUUUCAGAUUUUGGAUUUGUGAAGAUGUCGGGAAAACGGAACAUGUUAAAACUUUCCAACCGCCAAAGCGCUUGGCCAAUUGCAGUGGUCACGAUCAUCUUUUUCUUAUGGGGCUUUGCGUAUGGACUCCUGGACACCCUCAAUUCUCAGUUUCAGCUUAUGGCCAAAAUAUCGACCUCCAAGGCACUGGGUCUCCAUGCGGCAUAUUACGGGGGCUAUUUCGUGGGGCCGUUGACACUGGGCCACUUCAUCUUCCAGCGAUAUGGCUUCAAAGCAGUGAUGAUCGCAGGCCUGUCGGUCUAUGGCUGUGGAACUCUGGUUUUCUGGCCAUCGGCAGUCUUGCUAUCGUAUUCAGCAUUCAUUGUAUCCAACUGCAUUGUCGGAUUUGGUCUUUCGUGCUUGGAGAUUGCAGCCAAUCCUUACAUCGCCCUUUGCGGACCCCUUGAGUACGCGGAGGCCCGGCUAAAUCUCUCGCAGGCCUUUCAAGCUAUCGGCACAGUCUGUUCCCCGCUUCUGGCAACAAAAGUUUUGUUUAAGAGCGUGAACAAUGCCCCUUCUCUAGUGGAUGUGCAAUGGACAUAUCUGGGCAUCGCGUUAUUUGUCUUCGCGUUGGCCGUUGUCUUCUACUACAUCCCGCUUCCCGAAGCUUCAGACGGACAACUGGAGGAGCUCGCCGACCAGCGCAGGGAGGCAUAUGCUGCCAAAAUUGGACCAUGGAAGGUGGUAUAUGUGACGUUGGGGCUUGCUGUCUUCAGUCAAUGGUGCUAUGUUGGCGCGCAGGAAUGUGUCGGCAUCAAUAUACAGGCGCUGGCCAAGUUCGUCAAGCCGGCUUCCGAUCUGCAACCAUUCGACUUUCAGACUGUGGGGCACGCUGUCUUUGCGGUUGGACGAUUUGUGGCCGCUUUUCUCAACUACGUGCUCAAGCCCAGGUGGAUUCUGAUGGGCCUCUACGCGGGCCUCGUUACUUGUCUGGCUCUUAAUAUGCAUUUGAAUGGAGAUGCUGCUGCUGCCAUUGGAAUCCUCACAUUUUUCUUCGAGGCUGGCAUUUUCUCCAUCAUCUUUGCCAUCGGGAUGCGUGGACUUGGCAGGCAUACGAAGAUCGGGUCUGCAUUCAUGACGGCUGCAAUAUCUGGUGGAGCAGUCUUCCCACCACUUCAAUGGGCGGUUGCAGACUUCCCCGACCUGAGGUAUUCAUAUUGUGUCCCUCUGGCAGUUUCUGUAUUUGGGAUGCUGUUUGCGAUCUACCUGAAUACGGUUCCGCAGGCGAAGAUGCAAGUUGAUCCGGUCCACGGAAAUCGGGCCAAAUGGCGCGCAGAAAGCGCAACGCAGCACAAGAGCCCAGGCACCGUUGAAGACGAGAAGCUACAACAAUUUGGGUUACCAGGGAUCAUCGCACGGCGGAAACGGAAACAGCAGUCCGAGUCGCCAUCUGUGGAGCACAUCGAGCGGCAAAGUAUGAACCUGGAAGAGACGCCAACUUCUCCAGUCCUUUCAAUGGAUUUCGCAGAUGAGAAGAACUCCUUUCCGAGACCCAUGCCUGUCCAAGCGAAACAAUCGGGGGGUCAUGUUGCAGAACUGGCUCUAUGGCCUGUGGGAGAAGACGCAUCCGAGGCUACUGCCAGCAGUAGCGCCAGUGGCAAGCUGGAUGCCGGCGAGUGCAGAAACAUGAGCUCCGGAAUCACAGGCAACGUGAAGCAUGAUGAUUCAGGUGUGGUCAGUCAUCGACACCGGCCACCCUGGGAGGAGCAAGGUCAAGACGACGACCUCGAUGACUAUCAUGCAAUCGUUCGGAAGAUAUGA